AUGCCCGACAACGAUAAGAACGGAGGUCGCCGGAGGAGGUCUAGCAGUAUCCUCCAGGUCUACCAUGAGCCUCCCGAGACUCUAGAGCAGAUCAGCGAUCAGGCUGCUCUGCCCAACCUCAAUGCCAAUUGGACCAGUGCCAAAGGAGCCUGGGGCGUCCACAUCGUCCUGAUUGUCUGCCUCAAGAUCUUUUUCAACGUCAUCCCAGGUGUAUCGCAGGAGACGUCGUGGACCCUGACCAACAUCACCUACAUGUUUGGCUCGUACAUCAUGUUCCACUACGUCCGCGGCGUGCCGUUUGAAUUCAAUAGCGGCGCCUUCGACAACCUCAAUAUGUGGGAACAGAUCGACAAUGGCGCCCAGUACACCCCGACCAAGAAGUUUCUCCUCAGUGUACCUAUUGUGCUCUUUCUCCUCAGCACUCACUACACUCAUUACGACCUGACUUACUUUUCCAUCAACUUCCUCGCCGUACUCGCCGUUGUCAUCCCGAAAUUGCCCUUCUCUCAUCGUAUGCGCUUCGGGCUGUUCUCAGGUAUUCCGGAGGAAGACGAAUAG